AUGAAAAUCAGUAAGAGGCCUGGUGAGGAAUUCACAAUCUUUCUUAAGGGUAAACAAUUAAGUCAAGAAUCACACUUUAACUACCUUGGGAGCCUCAUUAAACAAGACGGAUCCUGUGAAAAAGAAAUUAGAUCAAGAAUAACCCUAGAAAAGAACACAUUAUUUUACUAAGAGAAAAGAACUGCUGACAAAAGCCUGCAGCCUUUGCCUGAAGAAGACAAUAAAGACUGUCAUCUGGAGUACUCUUCUAUAUGGAGCCGAAUCAUGGACCUUGAAGAAAGAGGACGUGCGAAGGCUGGAGAGCUGUGAGAUAUGGCUUUGGAGAAAGGUCUUAAACAUUACUUGGUCUGACGAAGUCUGUAACGAGGAAUUAUUGAGGCGUGUCGGUGAGGAGAGGGCCAUCAUAUGUGUUAUCAACAGAAGACAGUCUGGCUUGGUCAUACGCUACGGCAUGGUGAUCUUGUCCCAUUAG